GGUAUGAACAUGUAGAGACGCACGCUGUAGUUUAAUAUCCGUGUGUCGUCUGCUUUAAAUUCAGUCUUAACAGAACCACCGCAGACGAAAGGUUGACGUUUAUUUAAAGUUUGCGUGAAAAUUGAUUGGGAUAUAAUAUUUCUUUGAACGGAAUUAAUAUAGAUUACUUUAUUUUGGAAUAGAUAAAAAAUGGAUUUCAAGAACGUGAUAGUUUUAGCCUCCGUGCUUGUCUGUUGUUUGGCCUCACGACCAGACAUUAUAUACAGCUGUCGGCAAGGUUAUUUCUUUAACUUACAAACGAUGGAAUGUACCCCCUGUUCCACGUGCAAGGACAAUCAGGUUAUUCGACGAAAAUGUUACGAAGACCAAGACACUUCUUGUGGACCAUUGUCACAGUUCCAGUUUAUCCGUAAACACUCGGCGUCGAAAUCAGCAGAUUCUGAAGUUCAGCAAAUAGCAAGAAACACGAAAGUGCCGACAACAUCAAUGGAUUUUGUCACAGAAAAUGACGACAAAUGGUUCACCAUUACAAUGGUUCUAGUCGGGAUUCUGGUUGUCACAUGCGUCGCCGGGAUCAUCAUAGUGCUUGUCACCUGCGUUGUUUGCCGACGAAAGGAAAGAGAGAUAAUAUGCGAACCUGAGUUCACAAGCGCAUGUGCACUGAUUGUAGGAGAUUCCCCGAUGUCAAAGACAGCAUUAGUGGAACAGUUCAAGCUUGUUUCGGAGAGGGCCUCAUGAACAAAGGAAAGAGUCUGCUAGAUACAGCUAGCGAGAAACUUAUGAUCCAUUGCGCAACCAAACGAGCAAACUAACUGUGAUAACUUCAUUAAAUUAUAGCAUUGUUCGUGCUUUGAACUUCAAAGCACAUUUCGUGAUUAUCAGUAUCAAACGUGAUUUACAGCAACUGUGUUAUGAACAAAAACACUCUAGAGUGAAAGCUGUAAAGAUUCUGUCUAUCUGUCAGAUGUGUAUCAUCAAAUCAUACUUCAUUUAUACAGAUGCCCUUCGUGUUCGGAUGUAAACAUAUGUGUUCAUCUUACUAUCAAACUUCAUAAUAUGACUGUGUGUUCAAGUUAACACGGACGGUAACAUGGAAUUUAAAAUCCAUAUUGCCUGUGUCGUCAUUGGUACUAAUAUUACACAACCUAUAGAUGAAAAUAGCGCUCAAACGACACUAUUUAAGCGUUUGUUCAGAUUAGAAUACCGAACUUUACCUCUAUAAAAACAUCAACAUGUCUGCUGCUGAAUGUUUCCUAUUUAAUACUAUCAUGCUCUUUGUUCUUACCUUUCCUCUGGUUACUUGUUAACAUUCUGGUCAGUUAUUCAACCCUCGACAACUUAUGUUUUCUUGAUUUCUGUCAAUCUUUAUUGUUCUAUACAUCAACUGUUGUUCUGUCAAGUCGACUUUAAGAAUUAUUUUAGACGGUAGAAAAUGUGAAAGAUAUGUUGUAUUAUAAUUAUUGUAAAUGUACUUGUAUAUAGAAAUUGUAUUUUUAUUUAUUUGUUUUUGUUUUAAAAAUUCUCGGGUGAGAAUAAAAUGAUAUAAAACCUUGAA